GUGUAUAAGAUCAAAACACGAUCUGAUGGUUCUAUGGAGCGUUAUAAGGCACGCUUGGUUGCCAAGGGUUUUACACAGGAGUAUGGAAUCAACUAUGAGGAGACAUUUGCUCUAGUUGCUCGUCUUACAUCUGUGUGCAGUUUGCUUGCUAUCGCUGCUUUGCGAAGAUGGAAAUUGUUUCAGAUAAAUGUGAAAAAUGCUUUUCUUAAUAGUGACCUAGAAGAAGAAGUUUAUAUGAAACCAUCUCCUAGGCUCAACCAUCCUCCAAAGAAGGUAUGCCGAUUGCGUCGUGCAUUAUACAGUCCACAUGAUACAGCUUUGUUCAUUCGUAAAACUGCUUGGGGUAUGGUUAGUUUACUUCUUUAUGUUGAUGACAUGAUUAUUACUGGAGAUGAUGUCGCAGGUGUUGAGGAGUUAAAACAAUCUCUCAGUCAUAAAUUUGAGAUGAAAGAUCUUGGCAUUCUGAGCUGUUUUUUGGGGCUUGAAGUGACCUCUUCAAAUGAUGGCUACCUGCUUUCUCAAGUAAAGUAUGCCUCCGAUCUUAUUUCUAAAGCUGAACUCAAUGAUGGUAAAAGUGUUUCUACACCUCUUGAAUCUAAUGUCAAGCUUACACCUAUGGAUGGCUCUCCACUUUCUGAUCCUACUCACUAUCGACAAUUGGUUGGUAGUCUGGUUUGUCUUACUACGACACGCCCUGAUAUAGCAUAUGCAGUUCACAUUGUUAGUCAGUUUAUGACUGCUCCUCGCUCCACUCAUUAUGCAGCAGUACUUCGCAUUAUUCGAUAUGUUAAGGGAACAUCAUUUCAUGGACUCCAUUUUUCUGCCAACUCCUCCCUUAUGCUUCGCGCUUACUCUGAUGCUGAUUGGGCUGGUGAUCCUUCUGAUCGUAGAUCUACCACUAGUUAUUGUCUUUUCCUUGGUAAUUCUCUUAUCUCUUGGUGGAGUAAGAAAUAAACUAUUCCAUCUCGCUCUAGUAUUGAAGCUGAGUAUAGAGCUCUCGGGGAUACCACAUCAGAACUUCUUUCAUUGCGGUGGCUUCUUGAAGAUAUGGGCAUUCCUCAACCUUUUUCUACUGAUUUAUAUUGUGAUAAUCAAAGUGCUAUGUAAAUUGCUCAUAAUGAUGUCUUUCAUGAACGCACUAAACACAUUGAGGUUGA